AUGACAGACAAGACAGGUGGCAUGGAGCUUGCUCCCAAGUACGACGACUACGACUAUCCCAUCGUGGCGCCCAACGCGCAGAGCGGCCAUCCCGGCCAGGUCAGCGAGCAGCAGCAGGCCCAGGUGCACCAGCUGCGGUUGAUGCUCGAGGCCGAGGGCUACACCAAGCGGCUGGACACGUUGACACUGCUCCGGUUCCUGCGGGCUCGCAAGUUCGAUGUCGCCCUGGCCAAGAAGAUGUUCGUCGACUGUGAGACGUGGCGGAAAGAGACCAACCUCGACGAUCUCGUCCCGACGUGGGAGUACACUGAGAAGGAAAAGGUCUUUGCAUUCUACCCGCAGUACUACCACAAGACCGAUCGGGACGGUCGCCCGCUCUACAUUGAGCAGCUCGGCGGCAUCGAUCUCACGGCCAUGUACAAGAUUACGACUAGCGAGCGCAUGCUGACUAAUCUGGCGGUCGAGUACGAGCGUCUGGCGGACCCGCGGCUGCCGGCAUGCAGCCGCAAGGCCGGCCACCUGCUCGAGACCUGCUGCACGAUCAUGGACAUGAAGGGCGUGGGCAUCUCCAAGGCACCGCAGGUGUACGGUUACAUCCGCCAGGCCUCGGGCCUGUCGCAGAACUACUAUCCCGAGCGCCUGGGCCGCUUCUACCUCAUCAACGCGCCCUGGGGCUUCUCGGGCGUCUGGUCCAUGAUCAAGGGCUGGCUCGACCCCGUCACCGUCGCCAAGAUCCACAUCCUCGGCAGCAGCUACCAGAAGGAGCUGUUCGAGCAGGUCCCGCCCGAGAACCUGCCCAAGCGCUUCGGCGGCCAGUGCGAGUGCCCCGGCGGCUGCGAGCUCUCCGACAUGGGCCCCUGGCACGAGGACGAGUGGUUCCGUCCAGCCAAGUGGGCUCGGGAAGCCACUGCGGCUGCCGACAAGUCGGCAGAGGCUGGUGCCGGUGCUGUGGAGGGCGUCACACUUGAGGUCCCCGGUGAUGCCGUCGGCGAGGCCACUGACAAGGCAACGGCUUAG